AUGUUGCUGGCUACUGGAGAGGUCUGCUCUAAGCACCCAGGGACACCGCCCUUUUUGGGCAGUGAAGGCGAGCGCCCGCUUGGCGUUGGGUCGUGUGUGCCUCCCGUGAAUUCCCCGCUACCUUUGCAGUUGCAGCAGUCAUACAGCUUAUGGCCGUAUGCUUGUGAACAAGCAGCAGCAGCUUUGCCUGUGAGCAAUAGUGCUUGCAGGCCUCCAGCAGGCUCGCAGAUACAACAGGUUGGGACGCCUCUGACAACGCCCUUGCAGCUUCAAGUAGGGUCGGGUACGCCUUCCUGUUUGGGAGUUGAGGGACGUCGGCUUACAGCACCGGCGGUAAAUGCUGCCGUCGAAAGUUCUGCUACUCCUGGUGGACCCUCUUCAGGCUUGUGGGUUUCCGGAGGUGCGGCAUGCAACGGGGGACCCGUGACAACUAGUUGCCCCUCCCCUUGUAGCACUGUUGCUUCUUAUUCUUCGUGCCAUGUUUCCUGCCUGGGAAAGCCUUUGCAGCAUGCACCUGUUUCGUGCUUCCAAACCGUCCUUAUGGGCUCUCCAUUGGGGUCUUCUGGCCAUGUGGUCCAGCAUGCACGCUCUACGCACCAGCAGCACCUCCUAGCCCAACAGCCGUGUCAGCAAAAUGUGUUACUUCAGCAGCAUUUGGUGCAACAGCACUUGGUACAUACACCAAUAAUGCAGCAACAAGUGCCACAGCAGCCAGGAGGUGGGUUAUCUUUGUGUAUUCGACCUGAAAUUUCUAGUACGAUAACUACUGCUUUGCGGAGCUACCUCUCAACAGUGGUAACUGAGGUGUACAAAGAGGUGAGGGGUUCUUGGGGAUCUUCAAAAGGCUGUUGCUCUCAGCUGCAGCAUCUGCCUGUUUGCCGCAAAGACCGCGAAGGAGGCAGCAGUCCCAUAGGAACGAGCAGUACGGCGACCACGAGUGGUGGCUUGGAAGAGGAGGAAGAUUCGGCGUUCUGCAGCAGUGGCAGCAACGGCAGCAACAUCAGCGCUACGACAAGCAGCACGAGCAAGUGCAGGGAUACCGUACAUGCGCCUGUUGGUUUGCCUAAAGGGUUAUCCUCGGACGACGCGCAGUCUGCCCUGCAGUCAGGAGCUGCAGGGGCGUCUUCAUCGGGGGCUGAUGACGGUAUCACAGAGGGAAAGUGGAACUCGUUAUGCAAACCUGAGGGUUACAGCGGCAGCAAUUCUUCACAAGCCCAGAGAACAAGAACAACCGGAGCAGCAGGGGAGGAGGCGUUCCACUUAGACGCCAUAAAAAACUGUCCUCCCCACCAACUGGCGAAGUACUUAACGCUGUUGCUGCCUUUUCUCUCCGAGUCACCGCGUGAGCUGAGGGCCAUAAAUCCUCGUUGUUUUCAAGAGACGCGAACGCAGUUAGAAACGCUUUACCAGCGGUUGCAAGAGCAACGGCAUCUCCUUCAGAUUCCUUUGCAGCAACAGCCCCAUCAGCACCAAUUGCCAGUGCAGCACCAGCAUGUGCACCUGCGACAGCAGCACCCGCACCAGCCUAUUCGUCUGCAGCAACAGCAGCAGCCUAUGGCUUUACAACAACCGCCUCAUCACCAGCCUAUUGCGUUGCAGCAACACCACCAACCCGAGCUACGGCUGCAUCCCACACAGCAGAUCUCGCUCCAGCAUCAACAACAGUCAAUGCAGCAACCAAAGCAAGAUGCUUCUGUGGAGCAGCCUCAGCAGCUACCAAUGCCACAGCAGCAACUGCCAACUUUAUUGCAGCAGCAGCAGCAGCUAGCCCAUGCAACGGGCCUUUCCACGACGCCGACGGGUUUUGCUCCUGGCUGCUGCAGCGCUUUGCGAGAAGCACCAGCAACGCCAAGCCCAGCAACAGGCACAACAGCGACAGCAGCAUCUGGUUUUAGUAAUCCAGAUGGUCAGUACGGUGGCCCCGUGGUCGCACAGAGCUGGCAAGGAACAGACGCAGCGGCAGCACCAGCAUCUGAUGGCGUGAGAGGUCAAGGACGUGGCCGUUCUUCAUGGCCGGUGGAUGACAGCCUUCGGUGGGGUCCACCUGCUUCCCCUGGUUGCUCAGUAGGUACUCCGUACGGGUAUAUAGGGACAGCGCCCGCAUCUGCUUCUGGAAAAAGGGAUUGUCAAGGAAACUGCAGUGCUAGCAGCGGAGAUCCAUCUGCAAUGGUGCAGCUUCCUCGAGCGGUGUUGCAGCCCUCAGUUCCAGCACCUGCUGCACAAGCAGCUGAGACACCAAGCGGCCCCGGCGAUGACUGCGUGGUGCCGAAAAUUUGCAUAGGAACUCUUUCUCCCUGCGCGCAAGACGGCUUUAGCUUUCCAGGAAGAAUGGUGAUGCCUUGGGGUAGUAGAGGGAGCCUGGGUCGCCCUUCGCCUCCUCCUGUUGGGACCCUUGCCACGAUGGAGUCAGCAGCAGCAGCAUCACCACAGUGUUUGUGGCCGAUAUCUUCGUCGACUGCCACCACUGCAGCGCACAGUUCCACAACAGCUACCCCUCCUGGAACGGCACCAACAAGCACAACCACAACGAUUUUGCCUCCGAUGAGGAAGAAGCUGAUACCGGCUGAGCUAGGCAGUGUUAUAUCUGCUGAAGGGCUCGGCCGGUCGCCACGAGGCAACGUCAGGGUUUGUCACAGCCCCCCUCACAACGCGUGGCUCGUUCUGUGCUGUGCUGGGGGUGUAGAGAGCCGCGCAUUCUCCGUUUUGCAGCUGGGCUAUGAAGGGGCUAAAAGGGUGGCGCUUCUGUAUGCAGCUCAGUGCCGGAGACACCUGAACAGUCGUAGGUCUGCUGCAGCGAAGACCUCAACGUCAGUGGGCUCGGCGCCAGACGGAGCCCCUGACCGUCCAUCGAAAGUCAGAAACCUUGAGGAGCUUUCGCCAGGAGUGGCAGCGAGUGGCUUAGGCUCAACAGGGCCUCCUGGGGGCCCCUUCAAUCUAAUUGACUGCUCUGGAGAUGUCCCGUACACAACUCGAAGUGACGUCUCGGCAAGUCGAGUUGCUCGACUUAGCCGUCGCGCCAUGGAGCUGCCGUAUGUGCACGGUGUUCGUUUUGAAGCUGAAACGUUCGCUUGGGUGGCGCAAAUGAGGGGGGAAGCUCGCCGGUUCCUAGUUAAGAAACACGGCUUUAUCAAGUCCAGACUCUGUGCAGUGGAGAAAAUACAAGCUUGGAGAGCCACGCUUCCCCAAGCUACUCUGGAGCACGAACUCAAAGUGGAGCAAGAAGUACUGGAAAUGUUACGCAGUUCCGCGGCCCAUUCGGCGCCCGUCGAGCCCGUGCCCGUGGAACCAAACCUCCAGCAGCUCGAUGCACCAGACUUCAGGGAAACGUCGGGUCCUCUUGACUUUUGA